AUGGGAAAAACAACCGUAAUUUCUAUUUGCCUCGUGGUGUUAUUAAUUGCAGUGGCAUUUAAAGGAUUCAUAGACAAACGCCAAACAGUAGAUGAAUAUUCUGGUUUUGUAAUCAGUGAAGCAACCAUUGAAGACAUACAAGAAGCCUUCGACAGAAACCACCUCACUUCAAGAAAACUCGUUGACUUUUACUUAAACAGAAUCCAGGCUCUCAAUCCCACACUUGGAGCUGUAUUGGAAGUCAAUCCGGACGCACGUGAUCAAGCGGACAAGGCUGAUUCUGAGAGAAAACAACAUCGGGACCGUUCGUUGCUUCAUGGGAUCCCUGUUUUGCUUAAGGAUAGUAUUGCUACGUUGGAUAAACUCAACACUACGGCGGGUUCGUAUGCCUUGUUGGGGUCCAAGGUUCCACGUGAUGCGCAUGUGGUUUCUAAGCUGAGGGACGCUGGUGCUAUUAUUCUUGGAAAAACUAGUCUACCAGUGUGGUAUGGGUUUCGUUCUUACAAAACCAUAGGACAAGCUUGGUGCCCCAGAGGUGGAAUUGCCUUGAACCCUUAUGUGGAGUCCAAAAGUCCAUGCGCGUCUAGCUUUGGAUCUGCAAUUUCAGUGGCAACUAAUAUGGUUGCAGUUUCUUUGGGGACAGAAACUGAUGGCUCCAUCAUUUGUCCCGCUGACCACAACUCAGUAGUCGGGAUCAAGCCCACUGUUGGACUCACUAGCAGGGAUGGUGUCAUACCAAUUUCACCUCGUCAAGAUACUAUUGGGCCAAUAUGCAGGACAGUUUCAGAUGCAGUUCACAUGCUUGAUGUAAUUGUUGGAUUUGACCUAAGAGAUUAUGAAGCUACAAAGUCAGCGGAAAAGUUUAUACCUUCAGGUGGUUAUAAACAAUUCCUCAAUAAACAAGGGCUUAAAGGAAAGAUAAUAGGUGUUUUAAGGAAUCCAUUUUUGGAUCGAUCAAAUGUCACUUCUAUCUUUGAAGAUCAACUCAAUGUGUUACGAGAAAGAGGUGCAACAGUGGUGGAUAAUUUGGAAGUAGAAAAUUUAAGCACCAUUUUGGACCCUUUCCAAAGUGGUGAAGUGACAAUCUUACUUUCAGAAUUCAAGUUGUCCAUCAACAAAUAUCUGCAGGAGCUCACUUAUUCUCCUGUGAGGUCUCUAGCUGAGAUUAUAGAAUUCAACACCAACAACCCCAUUUUAGAAAAAACUACUGAAUAUGGGCAAGAUUUAUUCAUUGCAUCAGAAAUGACUAGUGGCAUAGAAACAAGUGAAAUAAUUGAGGCAUUGAAGGUGAUGGAUGAAUUGUCAAAAAAUGGGUUUGAGAGAGUGAUAAAAGAAAAUCAAUUGGAUGCAUUAUUGGCCAUAGGCACCGAUGUUUCUCCAAUGUUUGCAAUUGGAGGGUAUCCUGCAAUCACUGUCCCAGCUGGAAAGCCACCCCCUCACUUCUCAUUCACAUGA